AUGAAGAAAAUUAGUACGGAGAAGACGACUCCCCAGCAGCCCAAAACGCAACCAGAAAUUGGUGGUAAGAAAUGGGUUGAGAUAUGGAGUGCGCAGUGUGGGGAAUGCUUCAAGUGGAGGAUAAUUCCAAGUGAAGACGAGUACGAAGAAAUCAGAAGCAAAUUCAUAGAGGACCCUUUCGUGUGCAGCAAAAAGCCGGGAUUUUCUUGCAAUGAUAAAGCUGAUAUAGAGUACGAUAAGUCGAGGACAUGGGUUAUAGACAAGCCCAACACACCCAAAACUCCGACAGGUUUCAAAAGGAGAAUGACAUUGAGGAGGAACGGGUCCAAAAUCGACUGCCAUUACAAAACCCCCAAUGGGACAAAACAAUUGAGGACACCUACAGAUGUUUCCAAUUUUCUAACUUCAUAUCCAGAGUACAACAAUGGCCAUAUCUCUGUCCAGCAUUUCAGUUUCAUUACGCCAAAGAUCAUGCAAGACACUCUUCCACCCACUUAAGCUGGUGCUGCCAAGGACUGAUAAUAUUUGAGGAAAUCGUUUUUUUUUUCGGGGUGCCGGAUUUUUACUAUUUUUGAAUUGUCAGGCACCGUAUAUAUGCUCAACUUCACAUAUUUUUUACUUGUUCGCAAGUGUUGGGUUUUUGAAGAGGUGUGCAACCACCCACCAGGGUUUUUUCGAUUUAAAUUUAUGGUUCUGUUAUUUAAAUUCUAAUCGAGAAGAAGUAGAAGUACGUCAUUUGAACGAGACCCAAAUCAAGAACAAGUACACUAGUUUUUGGUUACUUUCUUCUUUUGUAAUGAAUGUUACAUACGUGGUAAAACCGUAGAAGUCUGGAU